AUGCUUGCCAGCGCCUCGCGGGAGAGACCCGGCUAUACCGCAGGAGUGGCGGCCCCUGACUUGCUGGAUCCCAAGUCUGCCGCUCAGAACUCCAAACCGAGGCUCUCCUUCUCCGCCAAACCCACCGUGCUUGCUUCCCGCGUGGAGAGUGACACGGCCAUUAAUGUUAUGAAAUGGAAGACGGUCUCCACGAUAUUCCUGGUGGUUGUCCUCUACCUGAUCAUUGGAGCCACUGUGUUCAAGGCGCUCGAGCAGCCUCAGGAGAUGUCCCAGAGGACCACCAUCGUGAUCCAGAAACAGACCUUCAUAACCCAGCAUGCCUGCGUCAACGCCACCGAACUGGACGAGCUCAUCCAGCAAAUAGUGGCAGCAAUAAAUGCAGGGAUUAUCCCCUUAGGAAACAGCUCCAAUCAAGUUAGUCACUGGGACCUCGGAAGCUCUUUCUUCUUUGCUGGUACAGUUAUCACAACCAUAGGAUUUGGAAACAUCUCCCCACGAACUGAAGGUGGAAAAAUAUUCUGUAUCAUUUAUGCCUUGCUGGGAAUUCCCCUCUUCGGCUUUCUGUUGGCUGGGGUUGGCGAUCAGCUUGGGACCAUAUUUGGAAAAGGAAUUGCCAAAGUGGAAGACACAUUUAUUAAAUGGAACGUUAGCCAGACGAAGAUCCGCAUCAUUUCCACCAUCAUCUUCAUCCUCUUCGGCUGUGUCCUCUUCGUGGCCCUCCCUGCGGUCAUAUUCAAGCACAUAGAAGGCUGGAGCGCCCUGGAUGCUAUCUAUUUUGUGGUUAUCACCCUGACGACCAUUGGAUUCGGUGACUACGUAGCAGGUGGCUCGGACAUCGAGUAUCUAGACUUCUACAAGCCUGUGGUGUGGUUCUGGAUCCUCGUUGGGCUCGCCUACUUUGCUGCCGUCCUGAGCAUGAUCGGAGACUGGCUGCGGGUGAUAUCAAAGAAGACGAAGGAAGAGGUGGGAGAGUUCAGAGCCCAUGCCGCCGAGUGGACAGCCAACGUCACAGCCGAGUUCAAGGAGACAAGGAGGCGGCUGAGCGUGGAGAUCUAUGACAAGUUCCAGCGCGCCACAUCCGUGAAACGGAAGCUCUCCGCAGAGCUGGCGGGGAAUCACAGCCAGGAACUGACUCCUUGUAGGAGGACCCUGUCCGUGAACCACCUGACCAGCGAGAGGGAAGUCUUGCCUCCCUUGCUGAAGGCUGAGAGCAUCUAUCUGAACGGCCUGACCCCUCAGUGUGCCGGUGAAGAGAUAGCUGUCAUUGAGAACAUGAAGUAG